GCCAAAACUUCUCGCAAUCGUUUCGCCCCACACCCUCUUCCGCGUCGAACACCUUGUGCUUCUCUUCCGUGGAGCCGCUCCAUAUAUCUAUCUAUAUGAUGGUCGUCUCCGGGUGGUGGAGUGAAUUCCAUAAUCCUUCUUCCUUGCCCCGUUCUCUUCUUCGAUCCGUGAACACCUCGUGCUACUCACUACACGACCAGCAUCCAGGAUCUGUGCUGCCUCGGCCGCGUAUGCGAAGCCCGCAGACUAUUCGAAGAAAUGCCUCACACAGACACCGUCACCUGGAACUCCGUGAUCUUCCGCCACUCCAUUUCAAUGAGCAACAUUCAUUUGUUUUAAAUCGUGCUGCUCUUUCAGUGACUCAGCUCAUGGUGCAUCCUUCUCAAAACUAUUUCUCAUUUAUAUUAUAGACUUUUGAAUCAUGAUAUAUUUUUUAUUUAUUUGCCUUAUAGUAUAAAGAAUUUUAAAGUGUCAUUGAAAUAUCUAUGAAUUUGAAGUUCUUGUUUAUUUGAUCUUUUGACAUCCUCUUACAGUUGCUUGAUUGUGCAAAUUUCUGAAGUCAGAUUUUUUAAUCAAUUUCAUACCUAUCUCAUACACCUAUGAGAUGUAUAUCUCUGACUUCCAACUUUUGAUAUCUGAAAAUUAUCAAUUUUUAACAGCUGCAUCAAUCGUCUUUUGAGCUCUGGAUGUUGAUCUUUCCUGUCCCCUCUCCCUGUUGUAUCUGCUUUUCCAUUCAUUUACCAUUUGCUGAAUCUUUUUUGUUCUUUGACAUGGCUAAUUCAUAUAGUUGUCCUUGCCGUCUUUACAUAAUGAUUUAGUUUAUAAACGAUCAACUCAGAAGUUGGACAGAUCACCUGGCAUUUCACUUUGAUCUCUUUUUCUUUUUUGCAGGGCAUUAAUACAUCCAUAGAAUAUGUCAUGGUGGUCAAGUUUAGCAAAUGCCAGACCGAGAAGCUUAUACCGUGUCUUGUAUUCGGAGGCUAAAGGUACCAGCUAGGAUGCCACUCUAUAUUGUUUGAAGAAAGGAAGUGAACAAUUGCUACUUUAGUGAAAGUAAGCACUUGUGAUAUGUCUCUAAAAAACCAUGAAAAAAAAUCAGUCUGUCAAUCACAAAGAGGAAAAGAAGGAUAAGAUGAAGCAGCUGAAAGUGCAAUCAGUAGGUUGAGGUGGCUCAACUUUUCUUCUGUAGCAAUGCAGCAGAAGUCUGGUGGCAAAUGACCCAUUCUCUGGCCAUAUUGCAAGUUCAUGCCAGCACAAGCACAGAACAAUCAGCAUCUCCAAAGCAGUCCUUUGUUUGAAACGAGAAUAUAUGGAUGCUGUCUUCUUUCUUGUACUGGUGAGUGGAGAGAUGCUUGAAAGAGAGCUUUCUAAUGAUCAAAGUGCUUAUUACUCUGUCCUCUUCUACGCAUCAUGGUGCCAAUUCUCAUCCGACAUUCAGCCUAUCUUUGAUGCUCUUAGUUACAUGUUUCCUCAAAUAAAACAUUUAUUAGUUGAAGAAUCGUCAGUCAUGCCAAGUGUCCUCUCGAGAAAUGGCAUUCACAGUUUUCCAGCUAUAAUGCUGUUUAAUGGGACAACAAGGUUUCGGUAUCGUGGCUCAAAGGAUUUUACUUCCCUGGUCCAUUUCUACAAGAGAAGUACAGGUUUGGAUCCAAUAACAUAUCUGGAAAUUCAUCAGUCCAGUUCAGGAAAUGCGAGGGCCGUCAUAGUUCAGGUUGAGUCCAUAUGGGAGUUGAUAACCAAGGAAUCUUACUUAACAUUUGCCAUACUUUUCAUCUGUCUGAAGAUAAUUAUGUGCUUCUUUCCUUUGAUCUACCUUCGCUUCAAAUCUUUCUGGGUCUCACAUGUCUGGCCUGUGAACUUAAGGAUCCUUCAUGAAUCAAGCCUGCUAUUGGAGAAAGUACUGCAGGUAGUUGACAUAAAAAGGAUGUGGAGCAAUAUUCAACUCUCCAACAAGACAAGGAACUUUCAAAAAGGGGCAAAUAAUGCCCGGGUUUGGGCAUCUUCCCUUACAAGACUGAACGAGUCAUCUUCCUCAAGAUUAGCCCUUAAGGACUCGUAGUUUUCUCUUAUAUCGAUCAAUGUACACCCACCAUACCUUUCAUGGAGCAACACUAGUUAUUUCUCUUUUUGUUCUUGCUGUAGGCACAUGGAAAGCAAAUCACGUGUAGAUUUUGAGUACUAAAUCAUUUUGUAUAUUGGAUACUGUGGCUGCAUUUUUAGCAUAAUGCAAAGUCCAUGGGUGUUCAUCUUUA